CCACCAGAGUUACCGAGAUGGUUCACAUGAAGGUGAAGGCGGUGGCUAGAUCUAAUCAUCGCGAUUGGUCUUUACUACACCUCAUUAAUAAUAACUUUUCUUUAAGUAAUUCAUCGUUUCCUGAAUUUUUAUUUAAUCUAUUGUUCGGAUCCUUUGCAUUGAACCAAUGGAAAUUCGGUCAAUUAGAUUUAUUUGGGAAAUCACUGGACCAAUAUUCCUCAUUACAAUCUUUCAUAUUCUUAAUUGCCGUUGGGAUUUAUGCGUUCUCAAAAUUUUCUAGAUCCAUAAAAUGUUCCAAAAGACGCGGCGAGGGAUCAGAAAAAACCGGAAAAAUACAUUACGGAGGACCAUUUCAGAUCGUUUACUUAUUCAAGAAUUUUUUCAGUUCGAAUGACUCGCGUGAUACGUAUUAUGAUUCUCUCAACUAUCCCAAUUUAUAG